ACAAUUUCGGAAGAUAUUAUCGGCGGUGCUGACCUGGCAGUGUCCCGCUUUAACUGCCACGCGUAAAAGCGUAGCCAUGUGGAGUUUUUACUGACCCACACCCACUCAUGACUCACUCCUCCACCUUCAAACCAGGAAAAGAAGAGUUGAAAGCCGCCCCCGCUUCACCCAACCCAACCCUCAGCAGCACAAAAGAGGGUUUGCGUUUCUGCCGCGAAUUUCGAGAUUUGUUUGUGGUGCGUUCGGAAUCUACACGGCUCCAGACGGGAGAUGGAAGGAAGACGCCGCACGGCGGCGGCGCCGCCUGCUCAAAAUCCGGCAUCUUCAGCUAGUUUCACCACUCAUUCGAGCUAUGACGCGUCCUCUUUGACCGUCGAGAAUUCCGAACAAGUUUUGUAUCCAAGUGAUGAUUGUACCAGAUGGACAAAUGAGAAACACAACUUAUUUCUUAAUCUUCUAGAGGCAUCAUUUGUUAAGAAGAUGCACAAGUCAAUGACCUUACACUCCCAGUACCAGGAGCAGAAUAUGGUUAAUAGAAGUUAUUCUCAUAAGCUGCCUGCCAAAAUGAACCGAGUUUCCAAGCAGCGUCCUGUUGUACAAGAUUGCCAUUGGCACAACAACAUUGAAAGAGAUUUGGCUGAUCUUGAUACUGCAGCAAUUUCCCAUGGUUCCUUCAAAGAUCAACAGAUUUGUCCUUUUAGCCAUUCUGAUAUUCAAAUGCUGGGUUUUGCAGAAGGUUCAGACCAGAACUUUGUUGAUGAAGGCCACAAAGAGAAGACAAGCAGCAAAAGGACAAAUGCAUCAAUCAGAGAAAUUUGCAACCAUGACCAAAUUGUGCCAUCUGGGAAGUUCAAAAAUCCAGCAGCCUCCAGUUCUACUCUGGAAAGCUACGACCAAGCAAGUCAUGAACACCUGCUCCUCGAGAACUAUGAAAGUUUUGUUGGGCCUUGUACCAAUGCGAAAUACUUUUUGAAUGGAAGCUGAGUUUUUGUCAAUGGUGAGAUGUGGUGGUUCAGAAACUGAAGCUGGGAAGCAUAUAGCUUUUGCUGUCAGCACCCGAAAUUUCAAGCAAGAGAAAAUAAAGGUGAUAUGCGGUUAGUGUUUGAUCCUAUGAGGACAUGGAUUGUUGCCACACUGGUUUUGCCUAAUAUAGAGCAGUCUUGGUCUGAAUAUAAUUCCUUAAUUUGAUUAAACUUUGUACAUAAGAUGUAGAUCCUAAUUUCUAUUCAUAGAAGUAAUACUGAAGACUGAUUCCUCUGCCAGAUUAGGCUUCUGUAUGCCUGUAUCAUGUAUGUAUAAGGAUUAAGUGGCUAAUACUUUGCUACCUCAGUAUCGUAUCGUAUUAACUUUUUGCU